CGCCGUCGCCGUCGCCGACACGCCCACCUCCUCGCCGCGGCACGCCUCCCGAGUCCCGAACCCUAAUCCCGCGCCGCCAAAUUCUGUCCGGCCGUCCGGCUCCAGGCUCCGCGCAAGAAUAGAAACCGCUCGCCCCCGGAGCUCCAGGGGGGCGCCCUGCUCUGCCCGCCAUCAAUGCCACCCAUCAAGGCUCCUCCCGCCACCUAGUAGUCGCUAGUCCCCCUCUUCUCUUCCUCUGCACCCGCCUCGGCCCGCGGCUCGACGCAUCUCCGUUACUCGUGUCCCCCGGCCCGCGCGUUCCGCGCUGCCGCGUCGAGGGGCCGGGGCGGAUGCACACGCCGCUGGAGACGAUGAACGGGAGGGCGGCGCGGAGGCCGGCGGCGGCGCGCGGCGGCACCAGGGCCGCCCCGAGGAACGAGAAAGCGAUGGAGAAGGAGCAGAGGAGGCCGCCUGUCUCGAGGACGGCGCCGGUGGCGAUGAAGGCGUCCUCCGCCAGCGCGACGGCGCAGGGCAUCAGGAACAGGAGCCAGUCGCGGCGAGAGAGGAAAAUUGCGCUGCAGCAAGAUGUGGACAAGCUGAGGAAGAAGCUACGGCACGAGGAGAACGUCCACCGAGCUCUGGAGCGGGCGUUCACGAGGCCGCUGGGCGCUCUGCCUCGCCUGCCCCCUUAUCUGCCGUCUCAGACGCUGGAGCUUCUGGCCGAAGUCGCGGUCCUGGAGGAGGAGGUCGUCCGGCUCGAGGAGCAGGUCGUCAAUUUCCGGCAGGGACUGUACCAGGAGGCCAUCAUCACCUCCAUGGCUAAGAGCGCCUACUUCCCGGACGGCGACCGGUGCACGCCAGCACGGCACAAGACUCCGGCCCAGGUGCAGAGUUCAGAGGUGUCCACCUCGUCGCGUCAGGCUUCCGAUCAAGAUGCCGCCGAUUGGUCAUCUUUGAAGCGAGCCACCAAUGUCAAGCAGACACCGAGAAGGCCCGGCCGUUCCCUGAGCCACGGUGAUUGUCCGGGCAAGGAGAACCAAUCGUGUGGCACGAACUCGUGCAGAGAUUUUGGCCGGGCGCCUUUGAGUAAUGUGCCAAAAUGCCGGGCACCGCCAGCGGAGAAAUGCGCUGGCGUUCAGACAACCAGUACGGUGGAAGAUCACAAAGCUAUCGACGGCAGCAAUGGCAUUGAUUCAGACACGGCCUCAACCGCGGCGAACAAAGUCUCGGAGGAGCUACUGACGUGCCUGCUGACCAUCUUGUCACAGAUGAGCACCUCCGGCAGCCAAGACGAGGAGCGAGCAUCGUCGCCGUCGGUCUCCGGUUCCUGCGAGAGCAGCUCAGACGGCGCCUGCGCCGGCACCGGAGAUCCCUACGGGGUCCUAGAUAAAUUUGGAUGGCGAGACAUUGGCCGGUACAAGCAGUUCCGAUCAGUCGACGCCGCUUCGUUCGACACGAAUGUUUCUGCCGGCGACGCCGCCGCCGCCGCCGCUCUCGGUCGGAGAUUGAAGGCGUUGCUCCGGAAGCUCUCCUCGGUUGACCUGGUGGGCCUCUCCCACCAGCAGAGGCUGGCGUUCUGGAUCAACACCUACAACUCCUGCAUGAUGAACGCAUUUCUUGAGCACGGAGCACCUACCAACCCCCAUACGCUGGUGGCCAUGAUGACCAAGGCGACCAUCAACGUGGGCGGCCGCGUGCUGAGCGCCAUGACCAUCGAGCACUUCGUCCUCAGGCUGCCCUACGACGCAAAGCAUGUGAACGCGGAAGGGGCGAAGAGCGAGUAUGGUAUGGCCGUGUUGGGGCUGGAGUGGCCGGAGCCGCUGGUGACGUUCGCGCUCUCCUGCGGCAGCUGGUCCUCGCCGGCGGUGAGGGUCUACACGGCCGGCCGCGUGGAGGAGGAGCUGGAGGCGGCGAAGCGGGAGUACCUGGAGGCCGCGGUCGGCGUGUCGCCGGCGGGCGGGCUGGCGAUACCCAAGCUCCUGCACUGGUGCCUGCCGGACUUCGCCAAGGACGCAGGCUCCCUCGUCGACUGGGUGUGCCUGCAGCUGCCCCGCGAGCUGCAGCGCGACGCAGUCCGCGCCGCCGCCGCCGCCCCGCCCGUGCGUGUCCUGCCGUACGAGUUCAGGUUCCGAUACCUGCUGGCCUCGUAGAGCAUACGAGUACAAUACAAACGUCGUGGAUGCGCUCUCGCUCUAUUUGUACGCAGGCUUGAUUGGGCCGAGACUCUUGCUCUUUCAACCGAUGAUUUUGUUUCG